AUAAAACAAAUGUUUAAAAAUGAGCUAAUGCGGUUUCUCGGGUAGUUUUGUCGUAUUUCACCAGUUUCGCUCGCACAUUAAAAUGCUCGUGGACACGGAUGCUUACGUCGCCCGACCGUAGCCUAAAGGACGUUGGAACUACUGUCUAGUUUGUGAGAUACGACAAAGCGAGCGCGGCGAGCACCACGGGCGCAGCGAACAUGUCUUCCAAGUCGUCGAACCCAUUGCGGCUGCCGGCGACGCCCGACAUGCGACGACGGCCGUGCCGACAUACACACGAGGCUGCGGGCAACGCCGACGACUCCCCAAACUCCGUCGACAAGACCGAAGACCUGACGGACUCGUUCAGCUCCUUGAGUUGCGCCGCCAUCGAGCACGACGAGUACAAGUACUCGGACAGGAAGCACUCCGACCACAUCCUCGCCGGUCUGAACGCCCUCCGUGCGUCGGGCGCGUUCUGCGACGUGCGGCUCUGCGUGGAAGAGGUCGAGUACCCGUGCCACCGAGUCGUUCUCGCCUCCUGCAGCCCCUACUUCAAGGCCAUGUUCUCCAACGAAAUGGCCGAGCGCACGCAGAACCGCGUCGUGCUGAAUGGUGUCGAAGCGGACACCCUGCGUGACCUGCUGGAGUAUGCCUACACGUCUAAGAUAACCAUCUCGAGAACGAACGUCCAGUCGCUGCUGUCGGCGGCCAACCUCCUGGACAUCGGUCCCAUACGGGAGACCUGCUGUUCCUUCCUAGAACACCACAUGGACCAGGGCAACUGUCUGGGCAUCCACAGAUUCGCCGAGAUCCACUCCUGCACUGACCUGCAAGAGAAGGCCAGGGACUUCGCAUGCUACUACUUCACGCAGGUCAUGCGCCAGGACGAGUUCCUUCAAAUCUCGGCAAAUAAGCUCGCAGAGUUCCUCUCCAGCGACGCCCUGAUGGUGGAAAAAGAGGAGCUUGUGUUCGAAGGUCUACUGUCCUGGUACAGGCACAGCCCGGACACGAGGAAGGAGGACUUUGAGAGAAUCCUGGAACAUGUCCGGCUUCCACUCAUCAGCCCUUACUACCUCAAUGACAGCGUGGCCACCGUGGCAGUGAUCUCUCAGUCGCCAAAGUGCCGCGAGCUUUUGGAGGAAGCCAAGUCUUACCACCUGCUCCCGGACAGGCGCCGCGAAAGGCACCAUCAGAGGACAGUGCCCCGCGGCCAGGCGAGCAUGACUGAAGUGGCGGUGCUUGUUGGCGGUGAGGACGAGAAGGUGGUCCUGCGCAACGUUGACUGCUAUGUCUUUAGCACAAACUCUUGGCUCAGCUUGGCUUCGCUGCCGUUCGCGGUCAGCAAGCACGGCGUGGCUGCGACGGGCCACAACUUCCUCUUCAUGGUGGGUGGCGAGUUUCCGGACGGCUCGGUUAGCAAGGCCACCUGGCGAUUCGACCCGGCCCUCAACGUCUGGAAUGAGCUCGCACCCAUCGAGACCGCCAGGUCUGAGCUGGGCGUCGCAACGCUGGACGGCCUGGUCUACGCCGUUGGCGGCUGGGACGGCUCGGCGCGCCUGUCCUGCGUCGAGCGCUACGAUCCGUCGUCUAACUUCUGGGAGACGCUAGAGUCGCUGAAGACGCCGCUCACGAAUCCCGCGCUGGCUUCCCUGGACGGACGGCUCUACGUCGUAGGCGGAGCCGUCCUGGACGACGGCGAUGGAGUGGACCUGGUGCAGUGCUACGACCCGAAGACCGAUGCGUGGACCAAGCUGGCCCCAAUGCUGAUCUCGCGCUCGGGCGCUGCAGCGUGCGUCUUCAACGGCCGGCUGUUCGUCAUCGGUGGUUGGCACGCAUCCUAUGAGAACACAAACAAGGUUGAGUGCUACGACCCCAAAACAAACAGCUGGGAGUUCCGCAAGUCCAUGAAGGAGCGGCGCUACAAGCCCGGUGCUGCCGUCGUGGGCAGGCGGAUCCUGGUUUUCGGCGGGGAGGAGAGUUGGGACCGCCACCACGUGUCAAUGGAGGCUUACGAUCCGGAAGCCGAUCGGUGGUGUGAUGUUUGGGACAUGCCUCUCAAGAGGAGCUGGCUCGGAUGUGCCACUGUCUCCCUACCGAUCCACAUGCUGGGGGGCGACAAAACCUGGUCCGAUCCUGAUGAGCAUUGUUGAGCUCGCACUUAUCUGUUGCAUGAUGGUUUUUAGAUUGUGAUACUGUCCGUUUUAUUUUAGCUUAUUUUACUGUGUCCUUGCCAUGCUCUUGCUGUGUUUUAUUGCGCAAGUUUUUGAUGUUUGGUGAGAGGCAGAGUGGUAAUACUCUCAAUGCUUGAGGGGAGUGACUAGUCUAUUAGUGGCGACUUUUUGUUGACCAUGAAGGUGCACCUAGGUGAGACGAUGUUCCACACACUGCAAAUGUUCUGAUGUUGGAGGGUCUGUAUCUCUGAAGUAAUGCUCGUGCAUGCAGGCAAUGUGCUUGUGGAUUAAGAACCAGCAAGUCGUUGAAAGGUGUUCAUUUUUAAUGUCUCGGUUAAUAAAACAUAUUUUAUACAUGA